AUGGCAUCCACGGAGGAAAUUGCUCCAAAAUCUGACGAAUCGGACGUGCAAUACGCAGUCGAUCAAACCGGAUUUGGAAAAUUCACGAUAAAACUCGCCGUUUUGGGUGGUUUGAUAUACAUGAACACCGGAUUGUGUAUCGGUAGCGUGGGAUUCAUAUUGCCCUCAGCGGCCUGUGAUCUUGAAUUAACUACGUUGGAUAAAGGACGCAUUAGUGCUACGCCCAUACUUGGUAUGGUUUUUGGGGCAUACUUUUGGGGCUGCUUUGCCGAUCUACGAGGCAGAAAGUCGGCUCUUUUGUACGCACUUUUCUCUUAUGCAAUUAUCGAGUUCGUCACAUCGCUUGUUACGAAUUACUGGAUAUUUCUGUUGCUGAAGUUCUUCAGCGGAUGGGCAAUGAACGGACAGGGCACUAUCGUUUUUACUUACGUGGGCGAAUUUCAGAGUAACGAAUUUCGAGAAAAGAUUCUUUGCUGGAUGGAAAUGGCUUGGACUAUCGGAAUCAUAAUUUUACCUCUCGUCGCUUGGGUUAUAAUACCCCUCGAAUUCGCCUACGUAGUGGAAGGUUUUCUCUUUCGAUCCUGGAAUCUGUUCAUCAUAGUUUGUGCCAUACCAUCGGUUAUCAUAGCUACUUGGUUGACGUAUUUUCCGGACACGCCUAAAUUCUUAGCUGAGAGCAAUCAGGACGAGAAAUUUGCACGUACGCUUGAAAAAAUGUACACUGAAAACACCGGAUGUACCUUUGACGAGUAUCUUGACAAAUUGCGUAAAAAUGGAUACGAAAAUUUGAGAACGAAACUGACCCUGGCGGCGAUGAAAAAAAACAGCACCGGCGCAGAAGCAUCUCCGAGGGAAUCAACGAGGAAGUCGAAUUCGCUGUUGAACAUGUUACGCACGGUAGUAACGCAAACGAUAAAUCUUUGGAAACCACCGCAUUUGUACCCUACGAUUAUCGUGUGUGGUUUGAUGUAUUGCUUCGGUUCGUCAUACUACGCUCUGAUGUUGUGGUUCCCCGAGCUUUUCCAAAGAUUCGCCGAAUUCGAAAGUUCUCAACCUGGAGAGGCAUCGAGCGUUUGCAAAAUAUCUUCUUACAAUCAAAUGAUGACGAACGAUUCGAAAACCGACGUCGUUUGUUCCAGUACCAUACAAAGUGAUGUCUACUUGCACACCCUCAUUCUAGGACUAGCCUGCCUACCAGUUAGCAUAAUUUUACCUUUGCUAGUCAAUAAACUGGGCUACAAAUUUUAUAUGAUCAUUUCGGCCAGCGUAGCUUCGAUGGUGACCGUCGGUUUCUUUUACGUUUCAUCUUCCGUCGAGAAUCUCGUGCUCUCGUGUAUUUUCGAGGCUUUCUCAUCGGUUUGCAUGAGCAUCAUUUUCUGCCUCGUCGUUGAUCUAUUCCCAACGAAUUUAAGGGCCCUGGCUGCAUCACUCUGUGGACUAUUCGCGAGGAUCGGUGCCCUCGUGGGUAACUCACUGUUUGGUGUCCUCAUCGACAAUUAUUGCGUACCUCUAAUCGGCAUCAUAGCUGGACAAUUGAUUCUAUCAACAAUCCUGAGUUUCUUGAUACCUGGAAAAUCGAAGAAGCUGAAAAACCAAAUCAAUCAGAUGGAUCAGUAUGAAAAGAAAAUAAAUUCAACUCUAUAAUUAGCAUUGUACAGACUGAUUUCGAUGUCAUCAUAUCAUUUUCAUCAUCUUCAAAAUUCCUUCUAGACACUCACGACCGAAUGUACAGCUGCGCGGGUUCGUAUAGUUUCGA